CCCUUUUUUGUGUCUCAAUCAACAUCCGCACUGUUUAGAGACAGUCUAGCUAGCUAAUAUAAAAGUGAAACUUGGGCUACCUUAGCCCCAACUAGUUCUGAGAGCUCUUCUGUUGUAGUGGAGGAUACAGUGUUCCCUCAAGACCACAACUGACCAGUGUCGAAUUGACGCAAACCAGAUCUACUAUAAAGAGAGGCCUACAAUUCCUGGACCUUAUAUAAAACCAUCCUUUAAUUUUUGAGACUCACUUCAGAUGUCGACCCAAAUGAAUGCUUCCCCUGACAAGGCUGCCCUGGCCACUGUACUCAACUAUCUCAGGAACAAGAAACUGAAGGGAACAGAAGAGGCCUUGAGAAAAGAACUCACUGUGCUUGGUCAAACCGAAUAUUCUGAUCUGCCUAUACCAGUGUCCACUCUUGGCUCCAGUGGUACAGAGCCUUCCAAGUAUGGAGAGUCUUACUCAGGUCUGUUGGAUUUCACCGAGAGAGCACUGGACCUCUACAAGAGUGAAUUGUCUCUUCUCCUGUAUCCCGUGUUCGUCCAUCUCUACAUUGACCUUGUGGUCAGUGGCCACGCCCACCCUGCUCAGCAGUUUUUCCAUCACUACUCUGAGAAGCAAGAGUCAUUUCACGAGGAGGAGCUCCUCCGUCUCAAGAGCAUCACCACCCCUCAACAGAUGGUAAAGCAUGAGCUGUUUGAGACCUUCAGGAAGAACAAGUUCACCAUUAGAAUGUCUAAUGACUCUUUCCAGUGUCUGGACAAACAUUUGCAGGUGAAUCGUAACAUGCUGAUCCUACGAGUGAUAAAUGAUUUGCUUGAAUUGGACGUAUUUGAUGGAACUCCGCGUUCAAAAAUUGACAUCAGGACGACGUCAGGAGCUAUCGAUGGCGAGGCUUCCACCAAAGCUAACAAAGUGAAGGUGAUGUAUGGCAUCCCACGAGAUCCCGAUAUGACAGCUGCUCUCGCACAGCUGGAGGAGGAGGAGAACGAGGGACACCCUGACGAUGAGAAACCAAAGAAAAAAAAGGCAAAGAAGGAUCCCAUCAACAAGAAGAGCAAGGUGACAGCCACUCCCAAUGCCCCACCCCUUACAAGAAUACCGCUCCCAAAGCUUCGUGAUUGUGAACAAGUAGCCAAAUUCUCGUCAUUAAAAGAGUCGGCCAAGUGUGUCCCUCUAAGCUCCGCCCACCUUCCGUCCGUGUGCUUCUACACUCUUAUCAACACUUUUGGGAGCCUGAAUGCAGUCAGUAUUGCUGACGAUGCAACUUUACUGGCCGGCUCAUUUAACGACUCCAUUGUCAGAGUUUGGACUUUGACCCCUAAGAAGCUGUGCUCUCUCAAACCACCCUCACACAUGCAACAAAUCAGUUUGGCAGCAGAGGAUGUCUUAGACAGAAUUAUGGAUUUGAGCUCUGGUUCAGACGUCCGCCAGUUAAUUGGACACAACGGGCCAGUAUUCUCGACCUCGUUCAAUCCCGAUAACUCGUUCCUGAUAUCAGGUUCCGAGGACGGCACUGUUCGACUGUGGAGUCUGCAGACAUUUUCCGCUCUGGUUUGUUUUAAAGGCCACAACUAUCCGGUGUGGAGUGUUCAGUUUAGUCCGACCGGCUUCUACUUCGUGAGUGGAUCACAUGAUCGUACGGCUCGGGUGUGGUCAACGGAGCAUAUCCAACCAAUCAGAAUACUCGCUGGACACCUUAGCGACGUUGACUGUUGCCAGUUCCAUCCCAACGGGAAUUAUAUAGCGACGGGGUCAUGUGAUCGCAGUGUGAGACUAUGGGAUAUCCUCUCUGGUCAGUGUGUUCGAAUCUUCACAGGUCAUAAGGGCUCUAUCCAAACGCUGGCUUUCUCCCCCGAUGGCAAGUACCUUGCAUCUGCAGGUGCGGACAAGCGUAUCUUGAUCUGGGACAUCGGCUCUGCCUCACAGCAGUGUGAGCUAAGGGGACACAAGGACACAGUGUAUCAGCUCGUGUUUAGUCGGGACGGAGCGCUACUGGCCUCAGGGGGAGGGGACAACACGGUGAAAUUAUGGGAUGUUGCAGCUUUCGUGGAUGACGAUAAAGCGAUGGAGCCCCUCAGAUGUUUGCUGGGCAGCUACCCCACCAAGUCCACCUCUGUGCACUGUCUACACUUCACCAGGAGGAACCUGCUAUUAGCAGCCGGACCAUUCAAUACUUAGUUAACAAAACACAAACAUUGCACUUAACACCGAAAAUAGUAUUAUUCAAAUUUCACUGUAAAAAUAACUAGAAUUAAUACGUAAUAAUUAAUUUUUUGUACACACAUUUUUGGCGUCAUAAAAUCAUGCAUGCACUGA